GCGGCGCCGGCGCGGAACCCGGUCUGCGGCAGCGAUGGCUGCGGCUGUCCCCUGCGCUCUGGUCACCAGCUGCUCCGCCACCUUCACCGGGGACCGGCUGGUGCAACAUAUCCUAGGAACAGAGGAUGCUGUUGUGGAAGCAGCUUCCAGCGAGGCCGUGAGAUUCUACCCCUGGACCAUCGACAACAAGUACUAUUCAGCAGAGGUCAAUCUGUGUGUGGUGCCAAGCAAGUUCCUGGUCACUGCUGAGAUCGCGGAGUCAGUCCAGGCGUUUGUGGUUUACUUUGACAGCACACAGAAAUCGGGUCUUGACAGUGUCUCCUCAUGGCUUCCCCUGGCAGAGGCAUGGUUACCCGAGGUGAUGAUCCUGGUCUGUGAUAGAGUCUGUGAAGACGGAGUAAGCCGGCAGAAGGCUCAAGAGUGGUGCAUCAAACAUGGCUUUGAGCUGGUAGAGCUCAGCCCCAAGGAGCUGCCUGAGGAGGAUGAUGACUUCCCUGAAUCCACAGGUGUAAAGCGGAUUGUACAAGCGUUGAAUGCCAAUGUCUGGUCCAAUGUUGUGAUGAAGAAUGACAGGAGCCAAGGCUUCAGCCUCCUCAACUCGCUGGCUGGAGCAAACCACAGCCUUGGAUCAGCAGAGAGCUGUCACUCAGAGCAGGCCCGGUUGCCAGCAGCUGAGAGGAUUGAGUCCCUUCCGGGCCAUCAUGGUGGUGCAUGUGGUUCAGCAGGUGCACAGGUUGACAGCAUUGUGGACCCCAUGUUAGACUUGGAUAUUCAAGAAUUAGCGAGUCUUACCACUGGAGGAGGAGAUCUGGAGAACUUCGAGAGGCUCUUCUCAAAGUUGAAGGAAAUGAAAGACAAGGCUGCGACACUUCCUCAUGAGCAAAGAAAGUUGCACGCAGAAAAGGUGGCCAAAGCCUUCUGGAUGGCCAUAGGAGGAGACCGAGACGAGAUCGAAGGCCUUUCUUCAGACGAAGAGCACUAAAUUCUUCCUGCUGGGUUUGCCUGGCACUGAUGCCAGCACUGUGCACUCAAAGUGCUUCCCUGCUCAACCCGGUUCUGCUCUGCCAAGAUCGCCAUCAUCAUGCUGGCCGCUUGACUGUUUGGGGUUCCCUUAGGUGGGCUUUUAGGAAGGAAAUAGGGAGACAUCUUUGUUCCUGGGUCAUAAGUGAAUGAGGAGUGAAAUGACAGUACUGACAUCUUCAGAUCUGUAUCUUCGGAUCUCUAUUCUUCGUUUUAAGAACCAGGGUAGAAUGAGUUUUAGAGGUCUGGACGGGAGAGCCAGGUGUCAGAGCACACUGUGAUCCCAGCACCUGGGGGUCAGAGGCCAACUUGGGCUCCAGAAGGAGGCCUGCUUCUCUGCUGAAUUGCCAGCAUUCACACUGGCUGAAGGUCGGGAGUCUGUGCUGUUUCCUGUGUACUUCCCCUGGUCCCCACUAAGAGCCAGGCUCUGAGCUAAGGUGGAUGUUGAUGAGAAAAAACGGAGGCAGCUAUAGAUCUAGUGUGCGCCCGGUGGGUGGGGGGACAAGUGGCUCUGGGUUUGUCUCUAAGCAAGCCCUUAUGGACAUUUGAAGUUCAGUGUCUGAGUUCCUGCCACAAAGAAGUGAAAGUCAGAUGUCUGUGUAUAAGAAACAAGCAAAGGUAUCCUUAUCUGGGGGGGGUGGAGGGUGGGUAAAACACCCCUCUCCCCAGCUGCAGGACAAGGGCCCUUAGUGCAGCAUGGUGCUGGUUCUGAGCACACUGCUGACAUGCGGGCAACAGUGCGCUCUGACCAAGUACUGUCCCUGGAUAUUUGAGAUUUCAGAGCUGUGCUAUCACACUUGACGCUCUGAAAGCAAGACAAGUGCUCCUUCUUUCUGUUUGGAAGCCAGAGAUCACUGUCAAAGCACUUGAACGGAGCAGUGGGGGAAGGUGAGCCGUUAAACAGUCCUGAGCCACCACCAUGGUUUACUCCGGGGCUGUGGGCUCCUCUGCACCCCUCCAGGGCCCGGCCCCUUCUCCUUUAUUGUACUUGAGUGCAUCAGUGCCAGGGAAGCACAAGGCAACGUUUUAAAGAAGAGAGCAAAGUACAGCAAACAAAGAGCCUUAUUCCAUCACAGACUCUUUGGGGAGGAGUUUCUGAGCAGGUGCAGCCUGUGAUAGAUGGUGCCCAUCAUGGGCUGAGAACUGGUCCUGAUUUAGCAUGGGAAACAUGGGUGGGUCACAAGCAGAAACAAAACUCAUCUUCCCUGGGUACCACUUACAGGACUUAAAACAGAUGGUUGGCCAGGCCAGAACCACCACAGGGAGGAGACAGCAUCUCAGUGAUGGUAGCAAUCCAGCAAACAGUGGGUGCUGGCUUGCUCUGAGUCCCUGUGCCUACCCCCUACACUGAUCUUGUAAUCUUUGAGCUUGGGUUUACACCCUCCCUUCAGUAGGACUGAAACUUUGAAGUGAGUGCGUUAGCCUUUGGUUAAGAAGGAAAAUUAGGGAAGUUGACUCUGAGUUGCCAGGAAGGCAGAACAUGUUUUUCUUAAAACAUGAAAGAUUUUAGAAAAUUUGUUAGGCUACAUGAUUAAGUAGACUAGAAAAGGCUGUAUUUGAUUUUGCUGACUAAACAAAGCCAGGUAAUUAAAAGAUGGUUUAUUUCUAAAGUCUCUAAUGUGUAUUGUUAUGUUUGGGGAAGCCUGGUGUCCUCUGUAGUAGGCACACAAAGAGUCUAAAGAGUUUUGUCAGUUAUGUUUUAGAGUCUGCCUGUGUGUGAUGUCUGCUCCUGCUUCUGAGACCUCAGCUGAUCGUCAGGGAUAUUGGCACUUUGUAGGGACUCUGAGGGUCAGAGUCGCCGCUGAGCUGACGCUGUGCUAACAGGUGGUAUCUUCUGAUAUGCCCCGUGCAUGUCACUUAGAUCUCCAGAGUGCGCUGGGGGUGAGAGACUGGCUUCCUGUCUUAACACUGCUGCAUUUCUGGAACAGCGCUGGGUACAUAGUAGGCCCACAUUUUUUUGGCAGGUACGGUUUGCCUGUUAGAAAUGACCACAGAGUUUGAUGAGCCAUGAGUUCUGGAAACUAGAGAGAGACAAGAGUCAAAUUUUUCUUCUCUGAGACAAUCAUGUUAUGUAAUAAUUUCAAAGUGAUGAAGGCAUAGCUAUUUUUGUAAUUUUAAAAUAUGGCAGAGUAUGAGAAGGUUGACAGAACCAACUGGCUUGCUCUCUAUUUAUAGAACUUGGCCACAUCUGAUCCAGAUAGACUGCAGAUUGGGGGAAGCUGGGCUCAUUUAGAUGGUUGAGUAAUGUAGGAUGUGGCACAGGGAUCAUAGAGUACCAGGCCUUUUUGGGAACCGUUCAUACAUGAGGAAGGUAUGUGCCCAGUGUCAUCCCCCCACUGUGGCAGAUGGGGGAAAACAUCUUUGCCAUGCUUUGUCAUGUUCCUUGGGACCAUCUUUUUAAAGUUUAUUCUUAUUUUGUGGGUAAAGAUGCUCUGCCGUUUUGCCUGCAUGUA